UUUUUAUUUGAUAGUACAAGAUUAGAUCCUGCCUCUAUACUUCCUUGUUCGCACAACCAGCUUGUCGACACGUGAGAGCUCGCCCAUUUAAAGUUUCGCUUUUGGUUUUUAUCAAAUAGUAUACCAAUAAACUAUUAAAUUGACAAAGAUACAUGUGAUGAAAAGGUAAAUGGCCAUAUAUAAAUGGUCUAUAUUUAAGCUCAAUUUCACUUCAAGAUACACAUACUGAAGUUGUGUUUCGCAAUAAUGGUUGUGAGGGAACUGACAUUUGUUGUCUGUUUUUGGACUGUCUGUACUGCUGGGCAUGAAUUCUUCUCAUCAACAGAUCAAAUUGCACAGCUUGUUGAGAAGAAAAAAGACCUACUGAUGAGCUUCAGUCAGUAUAUUGAUGCUGAAGAAAAGAAUGUAGAGGCGAUGAAGAGUGUUUAUCUGGAUCUUCUUCUUUCAUACUCCAACUCUGUGGACCCUGAGGAAAUCACAAGAGACCCUGUGGCAGCUUACAAACUCCUCAGACAACUGAGAAAUGAAUUAAUACAUAUCAUAAAACACAUUCAACCAAGUUUUCAUCAAUGCAACGAGUAUCAGGAUGAGUUGGAGCUCCUAGAGAUCCCACAGCUGAAGGACUUGGAUGGUGCUGCUUCAGGGCUGAUCAGACUGCAAGAGAUCUACAAACUCUAUCCAGAAGACAUAAUGAAAGAAAUGUUGUUAAGUGCAGACGAAGCUUUCCAUGUGGGGUUGGUUGCUUAUAACGAAGACAAAUUCCAGCAUGCAUUUCUCUGGUUUUGGUACAGUCUGGACAAGUUAACAGAAUAUUCAACCACUACUGAGAAAGAGUUGUUACUUUAUGUUAUUUCCUCAGCAUAUCAUUUCGGCAGCCUACCUGUGGCAAUCUACUUCAACAAACAGCUUUUAAAUCUCGAUCCAACUGAUUAUGAAAUCAGAGAUCAGCUGAACAGACUCCUUCGCUUCCAGAGAAAAUCGAACCCUGACAUAUUCACACUGAACAAAGAGUCAAGAAGCUAUGAGAAAUUGUGCAGAGGAGAGCUUGACAAGAGGACCUCCAAGAGGCAGAGGGCGCUGUCCUGUAGGUACAGCACAGGUGGAGGAAACCCCAGACUGAUGUAUCCACCAGUGAAAGAGGAAGUGGAAUGGGACGAGCCUCCAAUCAUCAGAUAUCAUGACAUUAUUUCAGACAGAGAGAUAGAGAUCCUGAAGAACAUCUCUAGACCUCUGCUUUCUAGAUCGGAGGUUUAUCAAGAUGGAUGGGAUACAGCCUCACAAGACCAUGUUUCUCAAAGGGUUUUUCUACAAGAUGACCCUGUGGCUACUCGUGUCAGUCAGAGGAUUGCAGACGCUACUGGACUCUCCAUGGAAACAGCUGAAUCACUGCUUGUUCAAAAUUAUGGGAUUGGUGGCAGAUUUGAACCACAUUAUGAUGCACUGGAGACAGGAGUGAAUGACAGGAUUGCUACAUUCCUAAUUUAUAUGAGUGAUGUGGAGAUAGGGGGGGCCACCGUCUUCCCUGACAUCGGAGUUGCAACGCGGCCAAAAAAGGGAUCAGCUGUGUUUUGGUACAACCUCCACAAGAAUGGUGAGCUGGAUUUGAAUACACGCCAUGCUGGAUGCCCUGUGUUAGUGGGUAACAAAUGGGUGGCUAACAAAUGGAUCCAUGAGUUUGGACAGGAAUUCAAGAGGCCCUGUUCUUUGUCAGAAUGGGAGUGAAAGACUCUACAUGAUAUUUGCAUCUAUAUUAUGUAAAUAUACAGUACCACAGACAAAUCAUGUGAAUGUUUUACUCUAUAUGUUAUGUUUAUUAUGUAUCAUAAAAGUUGAUCUGUCGUAUAUAUUUAUCAUAUAUUUGUCAAAGCCCUUCAGAUGAGCUAAUGUCUAUGGAUCUCUGAUCACAAAUAGAUCAUGGAUCUCUAGCCCAUAUGACAUCUCCGCCUUAACCAUAGCUCAAUAACUCGAACAUACAUUGUAGCUAGAUAUGUGCUUUUGUGUCUGCCAUACAAGUUCAUUACAAGUAGGGUUAGGUGUAGUUUUGAAAUGCUUUACAAUUAAUAUUUACAGUACGUUUUCAUCACAUCUUGCAUGCAAAACAAAUAUAAAAUCAAAAUUGAGUUACUCUGAUUUUCUGUUUGUAACUCUUGUUGUAUAUGAAGUUUGGGCAUUGAUGGCAAAUUAGUUUUAGGGCUGUGAUUUUAUUUCAUAGAUUUUAUUUGAUACAUUUUCCCUUGUGAAAAGUGGCCUGUUAACAGUGCAACUCUACCUGAACUUUCAGUUCAUGAGUCUUAAGAGACAUGAAUAUUGAGUCAUUUUCCAGGUUCAACAUUAUGGGAUUAUACACUUUAUUGCAUUUGCUGUAUAAUUUGUUUCAGUAAAUUAUUAUUAUAAAGUAGCACAAUUAAUAAUUGUAAUAAUAAAUAAAUUAGCAUAAAAUAAAGUUACAUAAAAAUAUUUCAUCAAGGAUUUUUACAUUACAGUAUUCUACAGUACGUUAUACUCAGUUGAAAUAAAAUGACUUCACAGGACCUAUAACAUAUUAAAGUCAUAUGAAUUAUUAUUUUAGCUUAUGCUGUGUACAAGAUCUGCAGGGUGUGUGUAUAAAUAUAGUUAAGUCAUGAAACACACACUCAAAUUGCUAUACGGCUCAAGCUGAUUGGCCUCUGUUGAUUCUGUAGCAAAUAAGCUGACUUUCUCAACAUUUAAACAGUCAAACCUAGAAAAUUUGCAAUCAUCCAGAUCCAAAUGUAUUUACUCCCAACAAAAUGUAAAAUAUGUAAGGAAAACCAUCUUUAUUUAACAAUGUGUUAUCAGACACACUUUACAUUUCUAGACACAAUUAAAAUGUUUUACAUGAAGUUCUUUUUAAAUAAUUCAUACACGUUGUCUUGUCUCUUUUAGUUAAUAAUCUCAAAUUAUAAAGUGCUUUGUUAUCAACCUGCCAGUAAGGAUCCAUAAACUUACAACAAAAAAGUGAUAAUAAUGGCUUGCUUAGUUGGGGUCACUUCAUCUACAGCGAUAUCAUUGACUUGAUUGCAAAUUAAAACAGACACUAUUUCAACUGAACA